AUGAGCAUAAAUCACUUCCUCACGGCUGUGCUGAAGUUUGGGAGCUUGGAAAGACACAUCCAGCUGAAAGUCAUUGCUAUUGAUGAGCAGCUGAGAGUCGUUUAUGAGGAUAAUGUUCAUUUUGAUAAAGACCUUCCAGAAUUUAAGACUCAAGGUGGAGUCUAUAUUCACAAUGACAGACUGACAGUCACUUCUCCAGUGCUAAUGUGGGUCAAGGCUCUGGAUAUGAUUUUGGAAAAGAUGAAGUCUGCGGGCUUUAACUUCUCUCAAGUCAGAGCUUUGUCUGGUGCUGGCCAGCAACAUGGGAGUGUGUACUGGAAAAAAGGAAGCAUCCACAUUUUAAAGAAUGCAUCAUCUGAUCUGCCUUUACAUCAGUCACUAAAGGCUUGUUUUUCUGUCAGCAACAGCCCCAUCUGGAUGGAUUCGAGCACAGCUUCCCAGUGCAGCGCUCUGGAGAAAGCGGUGGGGGGAGCACAGCACCUAGCAAGUAUCACUGGUUCUCGAGCCUACGAG